CCCCGCCCUCAGUCAGCUGUCACACGGUUGUUUGCAAACAGUUCCGUCCGCCGGGUCCAUGGUCCCGUCCUCGUCCUCUGCGCCCCUGUAGCUCCUCCACCAUGGGUGGGAACGACGACAGCGAAAUCAUAGAGCACCACGUGGAGGAGGAGAUGGAGAAGAAGGGCACGAGGAGCCACGCAGCCUCCUCCUCCUCGUUCCUGGAGAGCGUCACUCCGUCCGACAGAGAGGGCCACAGCGGCACCCAGUCCUCCCACAGACUGCUGGCCUACAGCGAUGCUCUCAUCUCCAUCAUCGCCACCGUCAUGAUUUUACCUGUCGCUCACACAAAGAUGGAGGAUAAUGAGGAGUUGAGGGAGAGUGUUCAGCUGCUGCUGACGACAAAGAUCGCUGUUUACUUAAUGACAUUCCUGAUUGUGACUGUAGCGUGGGCCGCUCACAUCAGGUUAUUUCAAGUAAUUGUUCGCAUCGAUGACUGCCUGGCACUGCUGAACCUCGCCUGCAUGAUGCUGAUAACCUUCCUGCCCUACACAUUCGCUCUGAUGGCCAACUUCCCUGAGAACGUCCUGGGGAUUUUACUCUUCUGUGGCUGUGUGAUGGUGAUGGGCAUUAUUCAGUCGGUGAUUGUGCUGUACGCCUUCAGCCGUCCCUUCCUGCUGAACGAGCAGAUCCAGAUCUCAGAGAACCAAACCUUCUACAAACACCACAUCCUCAAAGUCAUCAUGCGGGUUCCCCUCAUGUGCUUCUUCGCCAGCAUCUUCUCCUUCAUCUUCUUCCAGCUGUCGUACGUGCUGUUGGCGAUCGUCAUCUUCCUGCCGUAUAUCUCCCAGUCUGUGAAGUGGUGUCGCAGUAAAGCAAUUGGUCAGGUGGAGGAGACUCCAGACUCCAUGUUGUUUUACACGUACCUGCCCAACGAGCCACUCAGCAAGGACCGAGUGGAGGCUUUCAGCGAUGGAGUUUACGCCAUCGUAGCAACGCUUCUCAUCCUGGACAUAUGCGAGGACAAUGUUCCAGACCAGACCACUGUCCAGACGCAGUAUGGCGGCAGCCUGAUAGCAGCGCUUCAAGACUACGGCCCGGAGUACCUCGCCUACUUUGGUUCCUUCGCCACCGUCGGCCUUCUCUGGUUUGUGCACCACUCGCUCUUCCUCCACGUCACCAAGGCAACGCGCUUCAUGGGCCUGCUGAACACCUUCUCGCUGGCGUUUAUCGGAGGUUUGCCGUUAGCUUACCAGCUAACGCACGAAUUCCCGCGCAACUCUCGCAAUGAACUGGAAGCCAUUCAGAUCAGCUGUGUGAUCAUUUUCUUCGCAGGAAUAUUUCAGCUCGCCAUUUGGGUGGUCGCACUUUACAACGAACAGGAAACUCUGCACCCUUAUGUUCGAUAUGGCGGACGCGAGCAUGUGUUUAUGCUAGCUAAGCUAGCUCUGUACCCCUGCGUUGCUCUGGGGACGUUUUUCCUCACAUGUAUUUUGAGUAAAUUUAGCGCCUCCAUUUUCCACCUGAUGGAGAUCACGGUGCCUUUUGCUUUCCUUGCGCUGAGGCUGUUGGUGCGUGUCGGGAUGGCGCUGCUACGGCUAAUCUUCUGUCCCGACAGGCCCAACCAGAGGGGGGUCAUAGAGGACGAAGAUGACGAGACAAGAGUGCCAUUCAACGCUUUAGUUACCUAGCUAGGUUAGAGGGGAGGUGGCCGCAGGAAAUCGAGCUAACUGACAGAGCAGCGAGGCAUUAUUGCUAAGAUGCUUGGUCUCUGAAAGAGUUACUGAGAGAGAGUGAAUUAGGAAUCACGUGGAGAAGAAGAUGGUGAUCUUUUAAUUUAAACUGGUUCAAAUCUUGUGAAGGAAUCAGUGCAAAAUGGGAUUAGACGUGAUCUCACAUGUUGAAGGCGAAGUAAUGAAGUGAACCAGAGUGGUGAAGGAUGCUGACCGCCAAAGCCUAUCCAUUCAUUUCAUUUCUUUAAAGGGUACAUUCGGCAUUUUUCAACCUGGACCACAUUUGCCCAUGUUUUUGUAUCCAAGUGACUGAUAGGAACAACAAUUUUGUAAACUGGUCCAAUAUUGAGUAAGGCUGCUGCAGCUGUGGAAAAAAAAAAGGCUGCAAUCUAACUAUUCGGGGUGUUCGCACCAUUAAUUUACGUCCACUAAAAGUGCUUGUUUUGUCACUGACAGGCUCAGAUUGUUAUUUUAAGUGUCUGACACCAUUAUGGAAAGGAUCAGUACAGAGGUCGACCUCUUGUUAAAGAAUAAGACUCUUGUGUUUAAGAAACAGCCCAAAAAUUGCUAUAGCCAAACCCACCAGACUUCAUUUAAAAAAACAGUAAUUAUCAUUGUUAAACACACUUCAUUCAAAGUCGAAAGAAACAAAAUAAAACUCACAAAAACCAUCUUGGUUCACGUUCUCACACUCGCACAACAAUCACAAACUUUAUCGACAGGAAGGCAAUCCAGGCACUAGGGCUGUGCAUCUUCAACGGCCUCACAACUCAAUUACGAUUAUCUAGUCAAGCAUUCCACGAUGCAUCCGACUUCAUGUCCUCUUUCACCACAUCCAUAAAUCUCCUCUUUGGUCUUCCUCGAGGCCUCUUGCCUGGCAGUUCCAACCUCAGCAUCCUUCUACUGAGCUCAAUGCCCUCUAUGCGUAAUAAGGAAUCAUUAGCAUUAUAAGAUUCACUGAAGUGCGUAGCCAUGUGUAGCCAUGUGUAGCCAUGUGUAGCCAUGUGUAGCCAUGGGGUAGUUACGAUUUUUUGUUCUAAUGGCAUAUUUAUGCUCAACAAGGCGUCCUCAGGCGUCUUUAUGUACGGCCUAUGUAGAAAAAGAGUAGGGGCGUGUCUAAAAGAAAAAAUAAUGGGUUCAGGAAAGACUUUACUCAAAAAAGAAUCAUCUCAGUAAUGGCUCAAUUAUGUUUAAUUAUACGUUUGAUUUGUUUGAAAUAAACCCUUAAUUCACCCAGUUAAAUGUGAAAACAUGCUGCCACUGCACACACUA